AUGUCGUUCCUUGGACGGUCAGGCGGAUCCUCGACUGGUGUGAACCCGGAGCGGGUGGAGAUGGCGGUACAGGAGUUGGACAUGAUCACCGAUGUGUUCAACCGUCUCGUGUCGUCAUGUCACGCAAAGUGCAUCAGCACACGGUAUGCCGAGGGCGACUUGAACAAGGGCGAAAGCGUCUGCAUUGACCGCUGCGUGUCGAAAUUCUUCGAAGUGAACAAGAGGGUCGGGGAGAAACUGCAGAGCAUGGGCGGAAAUGCUCCCAGCGGGCAGAGCGCGUUCGGCUCAUUAUGA